UAAGUACGAAAACUAUUUUUAUACCCGAAUCAUUUCAUGCAACUGGGAAAGUAUGUACAUCAGUCCAACGUCGAAACCUUUCGGAUAACAUUUGGGGAAUCGGUUGAAAAUGUUACCCAGAACCCUCUUUCUUCUUCUCCUGUCCGUCUACUUCGCGGGACACUUACCAUCAGCGCUUACCUGCAACGAAGCCGUAUGCGGCAGCGUGGUAAGCAAAUGUCUGCUUACCAAAUCCUGUAAUUGCGACUUUAAUUUUGGCAAUUGCACUUGCUGCAAGGAGUGUCUUAAUUGCCUGGGCUACUUCUAUGAUGAGUGUUGCAGUUGUGUUGAUAUGUGUCCAAAACCGAACGUAACGAACAACCCCUUAAGCAAAAAAUCCCACGUCGAAGACCUAGAGUCCAUUCCUGGACUGUUUAACGCCCUCACAGAGGAGGACAACAACACUCACUCGCACGACAAAUGGAAAAGCAUCACUUACCCGGUGGACAUCGAUAUCAGUCAAUACGCCAAUAAGAAGGAAAUCAAAUUGAUGACUCAGCAGAAUAACGAGCAGCAAGUGCUACCGGAAAAACCGAAUCCGCACGUUUUCACGGUGAAUUGCACGGUGGCAUUUUGGGUGCAGUGCAUGAGUUCCACCAAGUGCAAGAGCAGCUGUCGAGCGAUGGGCGCGGCCAGCUACAGGUGGUUCCACGAUGGCUGUUGCGAGUGCGUCGGCUAUAAGUGUAUUAACUAUGGGAUUAACGAGAGCAGGUGUAGCUCAUGUCCCUCCGACGACAUGACCCAAGACGAAAACACCAUCGAGGACGACGAGGACAUCGAUUACGGAGAAGGCGACGACGAAGACGACGAAUUCACCGAUCAAUAAACAAAAAAAAAAAAUUGCACACACAAAAAAUCGAUUGUCAAAUGUUUAAAUUCAACCCGGUAUGUUAAAAAUAUACCGCGGUGCGUUCGGUCAGUAUUGAACAAACGCCAUAAAAUCGCUUUAUUAUUAUAUUUUGUUGUGAAUUUACAAACGCAUUUAUUAGUUUAGGAGUAGUAGGUUAGGCCUAAUAUUUAUAACGAACAAAAAAAUUUUAUAUAUAUAUAUAGUGACUUAAGGAGGCAUAUAUGAACGGUUGUAAAUAUAGAGUGUAAAAUUUUUUGUACAGUUUACAAAAGUGAUUUAAUUGAACUCGGAAAAUUUGCAUUUUUUAAUGCGGACAAGAAAAUUGUAUUGAUUGGUUAGAUCUCGGAUGCAGUCAAACGUAUGAUAUUAAACUUUGUUGGGACAAUA